UAAUGCCAUUUUUAUACCGCUGUAUAAUGAUAACACGAUUCAGGCUUAUCAGAAUUUUAAUCUUCGUGUUAUUUGUCGCUGGUUUAACUAUGGUUCUAUUACAAUCAUAUAAGUUUUUGGAAGUAUUUGAUGUCAACUUCUGGAUUCAAUAUGCACCGUUUUAUUUUCUUACAGUAUAUAUGGUCUUAAACUCGUAUCUAAUGAUCACAUUAUAUGAUAUUUGGACGCCAAGAUUGAAGAUAGCCAGAAGAUGCGUUUUUACAGACUUACAAUUAUUAGGAUCAGAUUUUAAAGCGCAGAUUACAUCCGACGCUAGCACUAAAUCUAUCUUGUUUCUUGUAUAUCUUAGUCUCAUAACUAGUUUAAUGAUUACUCAUAUAAUAUCUCUGAAUUCUAAUCGAAGAGAUAUAUUUAUCAUCGCACUUUUAAUGGAUGAAAAUGUAUCCCCAACUCUUGCAGAGAUAUCUCAUUGGAUAAUUUGCGGAAUUUCAUGUGUGUCUUAUGGAAUUCUGUGCCUUCCAGCGUAUUACGUAUUAUAUGGCCUUUUCUACUUACAAUUUCAUUUCGAAAUCCUAUUAAAAUAUGUACAAGAAAUAAAUGGUUAUCUCAAAUUUGAUCGUCAAACCAAUAGAGCUGUUGAGUCACAUCAGAAAAAAGUGAAGAAGAGUCUUGGAUUCAUUAUCAAACGCCACCAAGAAAUAUUGAUAUUUGUGCAACAAGUUUCUGCGUAUUGUGUACCUCAUUCACUUUAUACUAUAGGUGCCAUGCUUAUUUUAAUGUUUGCCAUAUUUUCAGUCUUUGUGCCGAUGUACACAUGGGUUCAAUCAGUAAUUGCCGCGGCAACUUUUUUUGAGGGAGCUUUUUACUUAUGCUAUCAAGGACAGAUUAUUGAGAACAUGAUGGUGAAACUUGCAUACUCACUAACAAAUAUCCUCAGAUCCACAAGACAUUAGAAGAGACUUAUAAGAUGGAAAGUUAUGAAAGAUUUUGCGAUGUAAGAGAAUGUGUGCCUGUUAGUCUGGUAUACGGUUUUCCAUAAUAAACUGUAAAAUUUAAUUAGCUAUUUAAAAUGUAUCAAUUUGACUAAUAAAGGAUUUCAUGUUUCUAAACUA